GGGCAGCUCCUCCUCGCACACAGACCCGGAGCCACCGCGGAGGCGCCUCAGCCGCGGGACACGCCGGCCUUGCGCUUCGGUGCCGCCGCAGCGCGACACCCCCCCCCCCCCCCCAGCCCCCGCCACCUAGCGCGACCCCCGGCAUUGCGGGAGCCGACGGAGGCCCGGCACCCUCCGCACCGCCCGCCGAGCAAAUCCAGAUAACAAGAAGUAUUUGGCCACACAGUUUUGGCCAGGACAUCAGAGACAUCAGAACAGGUGAAUAAAAAAGAUGCUAAUGUUUGACCCAGUCCCUAUCAAGCAAGAAGCCAUGGAGCCUGUUUCAGUGUCAUACCCGUCCAAUUACAUGGACCAAAUGAAGCCAAACAAAUACAGCGUCAUUUACUCUACACCGAGUAUGUUGCACAAUAAAUUCUACUCAAACCCCGAAGGACUAUCAAAUGGAAUCCAGAUGGAGCCAGUAGACCUUACAGUGAACAAACGUAGCUCACCACCUUCAACUGGAAGUUCUCCUUCCCCCUUAAAAUUUCAGACUGUGCAUAGGAGAACUUCACCUGGAUUGACUCUGUCCUCACCCAGCUCACCUCUCAGUAAAUUCACACCAUCACCCCCAGGAGUACAGCCUAUUUCCAUGCCAAUAACAAUCCCACCUGUAAUGGCAGCCGCUCUUUCACGCCACGGACUGAGAAGCCCUGGAAUACUCCCAGUUAUACAGCCUGUUGUGGUCCAGCCAGUUCCUUUUAUGUAUGCUCCCCAUCUUCAGCAGCCCAUCAUGGUGUCCACAGUUCUUGCAGAUGAGAUGGAAACUCCAAGUAGCAUGCAAGUGCCUGUCAUUGAGUCUUAUGAGAAGCCUACACUGAAGAAAACAAUCAAAGUAGAGCCAGGAAGCGAACCAUCGAAGACUGACUUCUAUCCUGAACAAAUGUCGCCUCCAAUGAUGACCUCAUUGUCUCCCCAGCAAGUAAUGUUGCAAGAGAAUCACCCUUCAGUUAUAGUUCAGCCAGGAAAGAGACCUUUACCUGUGGAAUCUCCGGACACGCAAAGAAAACGCAGAAUACAUCGAUGUGAUUAUGAAGGCUGCAACAAAGUCUACACUAAAAGCUCCCAUCUGAAAGCUCACAGAAGAACCCAUACAGGUGAAAAACCAUACAAAUGCACUUGGGAGGGGUGCACGUGGAAGUUUGCUCGUUCUGAUGAACUAACGCGGCAUUUCCGCAAGCAUACAGGAAUCAAACCUUUUCAGUGCCCAGACUGUGACCGUAGCUUUUCACGUUCGGACCAUCUUGCUCUUCACAGAAAACGCCACAUGCUAGUCUGAAUGUCUUCUGUCCCUGACUUCUGUCACACUUUUUUUUUUUUUUUUUACACAUGCAUUUUAGUUUGGAUUCAGCUGGUCUGAAUCUCUGAGUUUAUACCAUUAAAAGCUUACGUAUGGUCAGUAACAGAUGUUAUCUAACCCUUCUAUGUCCUUGCCACGGGUCAGACCUAAAGAAUGUGAACACUUUUUUUUUUUUCUCCUGGGGAUGCUAAGCAAACCCUUUCUGCAGACAGUAUGUUUAAUGUAUUCCAUUGUGAAUAAGGGAAUUUGUAAACUAACAGCUUUUGUUGGUUUCUUCAUAUAAUCAACCCAGCAUAUACUGAUAAACUAGUAAAUGUUAUUGAAUAUCCAAAAUGCUAGUCCUUGCCAGAGACUUUUAUUUAUGUGCCCUGUAAAGGAUACACUCUUAUUUUAUGCUCAACAAUGCAAUGAAUGGACUCUCCCAACGGUGUUGAUUUCUGCAAUAUGGUUAACACAACAGUUUUUCUUAGAAAGACACCUGAUUUAGAAAUCCCCUCUGCCCACACAGUGAAUAACACUGUAGAAAUAAAUCUAAGCAUUAUAAUUACUUUACAGAAAGAUUGAGUCAUAGUAUCAUUUACCCCGGUCAAGAAGAAAAAAUUGGCAGGAAUUGGUCUGUACAUAAUAUUGUGCAUCUAAACCAAUGUCAUCAGUCCUCUGUAUUAUAGUGUAGUAUAUAUCUUUGGUUUUAUUGCAUAACGCCCUGGUGGAUUUGUUAAACGAAGACCUUGUGUGACACUGUAUGUCUGGUUUCUGUGCAAGUGUAUGGAUAGAACACACAUGGUACUCUCCUAUGACAUGGCAUUAGAUGAUACUUGUAGAAACCUACCACACCUCAUUUCAGGGAUAUAGACUGUCCCUCUACAAUCACUCCCCUACAUUUCCUCUAAAUAAUUUUUUCUCUUUGCUGGACCUCAGAAAAUAGCAAUCGUUACAUAAGAAAUACUCCAAACUGUAUUGUUGUGAGUGCGUGCCACUUUAGUACAUUACAGUAUUUAAAAUUAUUAAUCCACAAUAUUUUUAUGAGAAGAUGGCAUCAGAUAUGAAGCACUUCCGAUGAUAAAUUGAGCCAUGUAUCUGUUUUGGAUAAAAACGUAUACCAAAUCAUCCUUUUGAUAACUCUGAUUUGUGACUCUGGUAGUCUCUCAACGGUAGGUAGACGAAGCUUUCCUGUGGAUGUGUCUUGCAUUAAAGUAUCACAUCAGCCAGUCUUAACACCCAUGUCAGCAAAUACAACUCAAUAGAUAAAAUAAACUGAAUUCAAGCAACCUGCAGUUGACCCUAGAAAUGUUCCUGCCUCUGAAAGCCUGCUGAAAGGAAGGUUUCUGUCUUUAUUAGCUGGCAGACUUCAUGGUACUGCAAGGAAACAGGAUGUAUUUCCCUAGGCUCUCAAACACUGGUGCUGUUUUCUUCUUUGCCCUAUGUAAGCUAAACACCAUCCCCUGCAAACUCAACAUACUAAAGUCAGAUUUUCAUGCUCUUGGAAAAACCUGCUCGGAAAAUGGAGGGUUGAGAGGAGGAGGAGUUUCAUUAAACUCUCCAGGAGGAGGCAGGUGGAGUGUCCAUCUGCAGGUGGGUAUAUUUGAGCUUAUGGAGCAGGUAGGCUGUGCUGCCACGUCCUGUGGAGUCCAACAGCAAACUGGAAGAAUCUUGCAGAUGGAAGAGUGUGAGUGCAAAGAGCCUUCCCUUCGUGAUAGGGGUUUGCCAGCUGUUCUGCUGAGGCCCUCAUACCCACAGAGUUGGAGAGGAGAAAAACGCUCCUACAGCGGUUGCUGUAAAACGGAAAGUAUUGUUCCAGUUGUUUAACAAAGCUUACAUGUAGGAGUAUGGAACCGGCUAUUUAAGGAGUAGAGCCCUGAACAUGUGCUCUACAAAGGGGAGGACAGGGAUUUGCAAAGCAGGGCUGGAAACAGUGCUGCAAAGCUUUUGUGAGGAAGAUCCAUAUGCUCUGUUACAGCACUUCACUAGGACUGAGGGAAGUUAUGCCAGAUCUUAUAACUGGCCCUCAUCUGCUUAUCUAUGGAGCUGAAAAUCCUAGGGAGAUUAAUCAAGCCUUUCUUUGGUAGGCCAGGUUGUUACUAACAUUGAGGAACUUGCAGAGAAGAGAAUGAUAUUAAUGAGCAGCUGUUCUAGAAUGGGGGGUUUGGGUGGAUAUUUUUAUUGUCAGUGGUAGCAGAAUUGGCCUUCAUUAGGCUCUAGGUUUUAGUGGCAGUUCCGUGAAUGCAGACACAUCGCUGACCGAGAGGCUGUGUGGAGUCCCCGUAGCAACAGUCACAAGUCUACAGACAUUUAGUAUCCUGGGAUGAAAAUAAUUAUCUAUUAUAUUCUAGGGAAAAAAGCAGAUGAGAUCCUAUAGACAUAAGCAGCUUAAUGGCAACUGGUCCCAUUUUUAGCUUAACAAAUGCAAAUGCAUGAAAUUUGGCAUGUUUAAAGAACAUUUCUUUCCAAUGCUCUAUUUCUCUUUUAAGGCUUUCACAAAAUAUUUUCUUUAAUUUUUUAAAUUUUUUUUUUAUUAGAACUCUAAAAUCAAGUACUCUAAAAGUAGGAGUUCUUUGUAACUAAGAGUUACUCUGGAGAAUUUAAGCUAAGUUAUUUGUCAUGUUCGUUCAUUAGCUUGUGUACCUUUUUCCUGAAAAUAUUUAUGCUAAUCAUGGGGACAUAUACAGUGGAGAUUCAAUAGAACUUUAAAAUAUCUUUAUCCAUGUGCCUUGUGAUUUAGAACUACAGAAAUUUAAAUAUUAAAUAUAAAUAUUUGGCAUUAUUUCAUGUAAAUGCCUUGCUUACAGGAUAUUUCACUUGUGUCUGUGGUGUCUUUUUGUGGGAUGUCAAAGUCAAACAAAUACACUUUCAUCUUUCAGCUGAAAAUGUGAAUUUACAUCUUCUUAACUGGCUCAUUGAUUCAUUUUAGCAAAUUUUGAUUUGAGGGAUAUCUUGUAAUUUUUAAAUAUACACAACUAAAUACUUUUUUAAAGCCAGUCCUUCCAUCUUUGCCCUAAAGAGAAGCCAGUUUAGAUAUAAAGAUAGAAAACCCUUGUCCUGCAGCACAUGUAUAUUUAAAAACCCCACCUUUUUCCCUAGCAGUAUUGCACUGUGCAGUGUGUAACAAGUAAUACUGUUUUGCUAAAAUGUGCCUGUUCAAGCCAUUUGAUUAUAAUAAAUUACUAGUUUCUAAGACAAUCGCAAAAAGCUAAGCAGGUAUUAAUGUGUGUGGCUUUAUUUAAAUAUACACUGCUACUCUGCAGUGAUAUUCCUAAUGCCACAUCUUGUCCAAACACGUUGUUGUCUCUGUCAAGGUUAGCAACAUGUAGAUGAAUACAAAUCCUUUUCUAUAAAAAAUUAGAAAGCAUUUUACAUAUCUUAAGAGGGCUACACCAGUUUUCAUUAUAUUUUACAGAUAUUAGCACUGUUUUUUAAUGUACUUUAGAGGGUCAAAAUAAUCUUUCUGCUUAGCAUCUCUCACCUGCAAAUAUAGCAGGGAUGUUAUAUUUACUUUAAUACUUGUAUAAACUAUGCAGAAAUUUUUUAAUAAAAUGUAAUAUAUUUUAUAAGCUAAUAAGACUGAAUGGGUAAUUAAAGGUUUCUAGCGUGGAUUACUAUAACUUGCAAAUACAGAGACAUUUUGGUAAUCUUUUCUUACUAAAGAUGUGAACAUUCAAUGUACUUUCACUGUUUCUACUUUGGUAGUCCAAUGGGAAUUCAGUAAUGACAUUUUGUCAUGUCAAACUGUGAACAUAAAUUUGUACUGUACAGUCCUCAUACUAUAUUUAGUAUACAGUGCGUAUGUAUUAUACUUGUUAAUAAAACCCUCGGAAUAUU